AUCAUGAGCUGGAGCUCAUGGGGGGCUGAUUCGUAAUGGACCGCCUCGUGUUUUAACCGCUGCUGUGCCGAACCAAAGCGCCUUUCUCAACGCAUGAUUUUGUGAGAACAACAGCAUUAGUAUUAGCAGCUUAUCAGUAUUAGCGCCUGCUGCUCCGUUUGCCCCCCGCCCCCCGGGGUGGGUGUGCAUUGUCGACGCUGCUACUGUCUCUUUAAAUUUACCCAGGAGCCCCUUAAGGAGCCCCAGGGGCCCCUAGUCCGGCUCCCCACCCUGAAGACAAGCAAGAGCCUUAAAAUACAUUACUGGAGGCCUGCGCUCAAGCGCUUCUACCCAGAGCAGGACGGAGCAGCGGGCUGUUGUCGGCGGAGGGAUUCAUGAUUGUGAUUCUGUGAAAAGUUAACUUGGCUCCCGUGCGGGGCGCGUGGGGGGACAUCGUAGAGCACGGGCUCCUCUGCGAUGGGCUCGUUAUAGAGCGCCUGCCAGAUGCGUGUCGAGCGGUGCCGAGCGGUGUGGACAUGUUACUGCUGUAACAUGUUGUUGUUAGAGUGACAUGUCCCGCUUCAACGCUACGAUACAGUGAAGGAAGGAGGGACAGUAGCCACUAUUAACACAGCAGCCGGGUCAGUGAUGGAAGAGAAAGAAACGGGGGAAAGCGAGCCUGUGGACCUCCGGUGUGCCGAGCAGACUGAGCUGCUCUCAUUAAUAAUAAGCGGGGAGGAGGAAGCGACGCCAGAGGAGAGUGACUUGGGAGAAGAGGACAGUCUUGCCAAUGGCCAUGGUGAGGAGGAAUCAGAGGCUGGCAUGGUUACACCUGUCAGGUCUCCAGGUACCAGCUACUGGAGUAUCACAGAGGGCCCGGACCACCCGCUUCUCCUCUCCCCAGCGCCAGGGCCCUCUGCACGUAAACCCAGAGUCCAGAGGGCCUCACGUCCGGGCCUAAGCCGUAUCCCAGGGCGGGACCACCGCCGCUACUACCACGAGUACUGGCGCAGCGAGUACCUCAUGGACUUUGACCCUCAGAGGCAUGGGAUGAUCUGCAUGGUGUGUGGCAGUUCGCUAGCCACCCUGAAGCUCAGCACCAUCAAGAGGCACAUUCGACAGAAGCACCCUGACUCCCUGCUGUGGAGUGCUGCUGACAAGGAGGUGAUCCGCUCAGGGUGGGAGAGCCACCUGAGUCUUGGGGGGGGUCAGAGGUCAUACAGCUCAGCUGUAGGACCUCCACCUCAGGAUGAAGAAGAGCAGCUGGACUCAGAGCAACAUGCUGCUGAGCCCCCAUACCCUGUGACACCCCAGGAGCUGCAAGAACAACCACCUCUCAGUCUGUCUCCCCACUCUGAGGAGGGUGAAGCCCCCCGGCCCGAGCAGGAGGAGCAGGACCUCCCUGGGCCGUCAGCCCAGACCCUGGAGCGCUAUCUGAACGACUCGCUGCACGCCUGGUUCCGCCAGGAGUUCCUGAUGGAGUAUGAGGCAGAGGCCGGCCGGCUGCUGUGUAUGGUGUGUGGAGGAGAGCUGCCCUCGCUUCACCUGGACCACAUCAAGAGCCAUGUGCUGGACACCCACCCCAACUCCUUGGUUUACAGCUCCGAGGAGAAGCACUGUAUCCUGCAGGCCUGGGCUCAGACUCAUGAAGAGCCAGUGAAUUCAAUCAAACCAGAGCCCAACACCAAAGAAGGCGGGGUGGAUCUCUUUGCUCAGGAUGUGGAGGCCAUCCAGAUCAACUCUGACUUAUACCCAGGAGAUGAUGGCACUUUAACUCAGGACACUUGUCUUAUUGGUGAGGAUGGAGGAGUUGGAGCUCCACAACAGGGACCCCAGCCCCUCCGGCAGCCCAGGAAGAGGCGGCUGCGCGGGGGCGAUCCGUGGCGGCUCCGCCUCGACUACCUGGUGGCCUAUGGGCCUCAGAGCCGGGGCACGUUCUGCAUGGUGUGUUCUCAGGUCCUGCAUGAAUCCAAGGUCAGCAGCUUCCGCCGCCACAUCCAGGAAUGUCAUCCUGAGACCACCACCCUGAGUCGAGAAGAAAGGGAAGCCAUGGCUGCUGCCUGGACCAAAGAUUAUUCAAGUGAAGGCACACAAAUUCAAGAUGCAGAAAUCAAUCUGAGCGGAGCUGAUGUCCUCAACACCACAGCAGAGACAAAUGAGGACGCCUCGCCUGAUCUCAGACCACCCAGCAAAAUGGCAAAGAAGGACGAGGGUGUAAAUGGAGGUAAGGGUAAAGCGAAGGACGGGGCUACCGCCACGCCCUCUCGUCACGGCCAUUACCCUGGGAAGGACCAGAGGAGGAACUACCAGGUGCGCUGGCGGAUGGAGUACCUGAUGGAUUACGACUGCCGCAGACAUGGCCUCAUUUGCAUGGUGUGUGGUGCCACUCUGGCCACACUGAAGGUCAGUACCAUCAAGAGGCACAUCCAGCAGGUACAUCCCCACUCCUUUUACUACAGCUCAGAGGAGAAGCAGCAGGCCCUGCUGAGCUACAACCAGACUGCCCUGCAUUUCAUCCACUCUGAUGACUGCUUCUCCUCCCACGACCACGGACACACUGAGCUGGCUCCCACUCCAGCACACUUCGGCACUUAGAAAGGGCUUCCGUCCGUUGCUCCUCACAUGGCCCCUGUUCAAAAGCAGUCUCCCGCCUUCUUUCUUAGAGGGAAAGUCCAGCAUUUGUCAAACAGGAUCUUAUUCUCUUAACCAUGCCGUAUAUUUAUACUUUAUAUUUUCACUUGGUUCUUGUCGAAGUUUAAAUUUACCAAAUGUGUCGGAUGCAGGUGCUGUGUACAACCAGCGCUCAUAAUGGACGAAAAAUAAGAUCCAUGUUCACAAAUACUGGACUUUACCCUUUAAAUGUGGACCUGAGAGGACUUCUGUGGCAUGUUGCAGGUAGUAACUGCCACAGAGGAAAUGCCUGAACCUUAAAAUGUCAUUGCAUAAAAAAAUGAAAGUCCAGCCACUCACUGGAGACCCGAGCCUUAUAUGCACAGGAUCUGGGUUACUGUGGACCUUGUAAGAUUUAGGAAAUGACGCCAGUGAGUGUAUGUGCGCACAGAUGCGCAGAAUCUGUGUUUUAUUUAGACUUACAUUUGAAUUUUAUUAUCAGGGCCAGAUCAAAUCAGCUUUUGGAGAGUAAAAUUUAGGAGCUGCUGUGGCUGGCUUGUGGUUGCAUGUUCAUGAACUACAGUUAACUCACAGUGUACGGUAGCUUACCAACUAGCCCCACAAGUAGUAGUAAUUUGUAACUUAAAUCUAUGUCACUGGAAUGUCUGUGAACAGUUUUGUUUAACUGUGCUGAACCUUAGAGGAUCAGCUCACCUGAAAAGGAAAAUUCAGCCACUAUCUCUUCCCUCCAUGCUGAUGGGAAACUGAGUGAAAGGUUAGUACACAAAACAUUUCUGGAGCUUCACAUCAAAACCAGUUUGGCGCUACCUAUAAAUAAUUUAGCCUUUGCACUUUCUGCUCUGAUCACCUCUACUGAAAUGGGGCUUGAGACAUUAAAUCCCCCUCCAUGAGUGUCUGGACAUUUAUCUUUUAACUUGGUCUGUGAUCAUGGUACAGUAUGUGCUGUGUAACUUUCAGGUCCAGGAAGGCCCCGAGGCUGGUUUUGGUCUUACGCUCUCAGGAAGUUAGAAACAGAAUCUACGGCAAAGCCGAGGUGAAUUAGUUUUAUGAUAAUGUGUCUGAAGACAACACAGCACUUUGCCCCUAAAAAUGUACUUAACCCCAGCUUUCCUUGUGUACAGCCAAUUGAAUGAGACUGUGUUUGAUGUUUAUUGCUGAAGACAAUGAAUGGCAACGUGCAGUCAGUCAGUAGGAUUUCUCUAGUCUAUUUAAUUCCUUGUUUACAGUGGAGGAGAAGGAUGACCUCCUCUCUCAUCCAUUCUAAUGAGAUAUGUUAUCUCUGUCAGUUGCAUCGUUGCUCCACCUGCCUGCAUCCUUUUUAUCAUCUACAAGUCAUUUCAGCUAAAAAUUCUGCACAAAAAAAGAAUAUGUAAAUAUAUGAAAAAAUAGAAUUAUUUUUCCUUUAUACAAGCACUUUUAUGCACCCUGGUUUCUACAAAACGUGUUUGUAAUUAUGUCAAGUUUUUGUACUUCAGAAGAUUUGAAGAUUUCAACAGUGAUGUUCUUUAACAGCUGGAGACGGCUCGAAGGACUUUUACUUUGAAAAGUUUGCUCUCAGCUUUGGUACUGUUUCCUUUUUCCUUUCAUUGUACAAAGUGUAUGCAACAAAAGAACUAAGAGCAGUCUGAGAAAGAAAAGUCGGUCAUAACAUGUCACUUUUUCACCUGGAAAAUGUAACUCAGGGAUUCUGUUUCCACCAACAACCAUUUCAUCAGUGAUCUUUCAGGAACACGCAGGCUGUUGACAUUUGAAGAUACUGAGUACAUUUGUCAGCUUCAGUUAUAUCGGUGAUGCUAUAUAUGCGAAUGUGAGUAUUAGGGCCACUGUUUAAAAAAAAACAGAUUGAAAAAAAGAUACAGAUUCUGAGAAUCUGAGAGUCAAAUAUUUUGAGAAUGAAGUCAUGUAAGGAGAAUUACAGUCUCAUUUUGAAGAAAUGGCCAUAAUAUUAAAAAAAAGUUGACAGCUCUAAAAUAUUUUUGGAAUAUUUUUUAUUUAAAGCAACAAAAUUUAACUUCCUGUUGAUUGUUCAAGUCUCUUCCCCAACACUGGUGCUUCAGGUUGUAGUCUGACCCGAGCUUCCAGUCUCUCUCUCCUGAAAUCACAUUUUGUUGAUUUAAAUAAAGUCAGAAUUAGAAACAAAAAAUCAUACUUUGAGAAAAAAAAUGUAAAUGUUCGUUUAGUGUCGGUUUGUUUUGAAGUAUCAUAGUAUGACAUGAAAAAGUGUCUGCAGAAUAAAAUGACAAUAAGGAAAAACGAAAGUCUUGAUUGUAUAAGAAAAAAGAUGUCAUAAAAGUCAUGAUAUUUCAUGAUAAAGUUGUAAUUGUUAUUAAAUAUGUGACUGUUGGACUAUCAGGAAAACUAGAACAUACACAUUAAGAUCUCUGCUUUCUCUCUAAAGGUGUCCCUACUUUUCUCAGUUGAAGCUUUUGCUACUAAACUAAUGUACCGGUGAAGUACAGGUCUGCCCAAGCGGAGUCUCCCUACUGCACUGAGACAGCAGUGCAACAGUGUCAUAUUUCCAUUUCAUUGGUCCACUCUGACUAAGAAUAGGCCCCUACAUCACUCUAGAACAGUUCUGUCACAGCACUUAAUUAUUUAAAUUGAAGUAAGUUACAUUGAAAUGAAUGAUAAAUCAUUCGUUGAAAUGACAUUUGAUGCAUUUGCUUGUGUGUGUAUGUGUGUGUGUACGUGUGUGUUUAUACUGUGUAUGUGUAUGAUGGUGUGAGGAGAUAUGUGUUUUUUUUUCUUCUCUCUCACCUCGACCUUCCAUCUGUACAAGGCCAACAUGUGACAUAUGCAUUCUCUCCUCAUUGAUCUUUGAAUAAAUACUCAACACCCUGACACCAUUUAUAUAGUCUUUUCUGCUACAUAAAUAUAAGGCACUUAUUUUAAUUUUGUUUUUGGUAUAAUGUUGUUUAAUGCUCAAAUACUGUAGCUGGACAGCCUAAUUGUCAGAAUCUUAGGGACUUAAAGCAACAACGGUUGAACAGAUGUCAAUGGUGUUUGACCACACUUCCUGGUGGGGCCGAUACAGAUUGCUUGAAAUCAAGGAGACUGAAAAAUUUCCAAUUAAAAAUGUAAACCUCUGUGUCAAAGGUUUGAACGACCAUUGAUGAAAUGAACUGAACAAUUUUACGCAAGUACUAUUCUUAAGUACAAUUUGAGGGACUUGAGUUUUUCAGUUUUCUGCUACUUCAUACUUCCUCUCCCCUACAUUAAUUUCAUAAGCUUAGUUCCUAGUUACCUUGCAGAUUCAGGAUUUCUCAGUGAUUGUAGGCUACAAAUGGUGACAUGUUACACAUCAGAUAGUGUUUUGUGCAGGACAUUGUAUAAGAGGAUGUUACAUCAGAGCCAAAAAAGCCCAUUUUAAAUGAGUUCAUUUUAUCUGCAGUUUGACAGUGCCAAAUCACAUACCAAUAAUCUUAAAAUGAUUAACAUGGGCCGAUAAUUGGUCUUUUUUUAAUAUACAUAACCAUGUACACAGUCAGAAAUUAAUUCUAAUAUCUGAAUGUUUUGUUUAUAUUUCAGGAUUAAUUGCUUUGACAGCAGAUCUCUAUCAAGUCUGGUGAAACAUUCAGGAUUGUGUCAAGUCACUGACAGUGGAUGAAUAAAGCAUUUUCAUAUACAUAGAACACUAUCACCCAGUUAUCCUCAACUGUACAUUCAUCUCAACAUAGCUGCUGACUUUCUAUCCCUUCAUUCAGCACUUACAACUUUGUGGCUUUGAUUCUAUUAUGUAAUACCACAUUGGCUUUAAACGAGAAGUCAAGUCUGCAUGUGACUAUUAACACUUAAUGGUUUUAGUAUGUUGGCCAGGUCUAAAAUUAGAAAGAGUAAUCCUCUCUCUACCCAAACAGCAACAGACAGCAGACUCAAGGCAAAUCUUAUUUUAGAUAUUUCAUCUGGAGGUAUUUUGUAAUCGCCCGUACUCCCACACUGCAGACAUGCUGGGAAAUAUUUGUUGUUUUCUGUCAAGACCGUCAGAUGCCCUCUACCCAGAGAGAAGAGAACAGAUCCACCACAGUCCUUUGACGUGUUUUUAUUAAUUUCACUUUGACAUCAGUACAGAGACCACAUACUUUUUUUCUGUUUUAUUUUUUUUUUCCUGCAACAUCUUUCCCAAAGCUUCAAAAAAUUGGAACCAAAGUCAUAGCUAAUACAAAACAGAGCUGAUGUUAGUGAACAAUGUCUAGAUACCAGUAGAGUCAAAAGCAAAACAAGACUCGCCAGAGACCAAAAAAAAAAAAAAAA